AGGAGCGGACUCUUGCGCGAGCCCCGGCCCAAGUAACGCUGCUGCCCCGGAGCCGCGUUGGAGGCCCCCUCCCCACUAAGUGCCUCUUUGUAUAGCACCCGCCCCCACACUCACUGGUACCACUAUAGUGCAGCGGGCCAUGGCAGGUCGGGGAGGCACAGCGCGACCCAAUGGACCAGCGGCUGGGAACAAGAUCUGUCAGUUUAAGCUGGUACUUCUGGGGGAGUCUGCAGUAGGCAAGUCCAGCCUCGUCCUCCGUUUUGUCAAGGACCAAUUCCACGAGUACCAGGAGAGCACAAUUGGAGCGGCCUUCCUCACACAGACUGUCUGCUUAGAUGAUACAACAGUGAAGUUUGAGAUCUGGGACACAGCUGGACAGGAGCGGUAUCACAGUCUGGCCCCCAUGUACUAUAGGGGGGCCCAAGCUGCCAUCGUGGUCUAUGACAUCACCAACACAGAUACUUUUGCACGGGCCAAGAACUGGGUGAAGGAGUUGCAGAGGCAGGCCAGCCCCAACAUCGUCAUUGCACUCGCGGGUAAUAAGGCAGACUUGGCCAACAAGAGAGCUGUGGAAUUCCAGGAAGCACAAGCCUAUGCAGAUGACAACAGUUUACUGUUCAUGGAGACUUCAGCAAAGACUGCAAUGAAUGUGAAUGAAAUUUUCAUGGCAAUAGCUAAGAAGCUUCCCAAGAAUGAGCCUCAGAAUGCAGCUGGUGCUCCAGGCUGAAACCGAGGCGUGGACCUCCAGGAGAACAACCCAGCCAGCAGGAGCCAGUGCUGCAGCAACUGAGCCCCCCCUUGCCUAUCACUGCCCCCACUCCUCCGCCUGAACGACCCGACUGGAAUCCAUUCUAACCAAUGGCACUUAACAACGACUCGGGCCACAGCUGGGGGCAGGGGAGGGGUCCAUGAUUUCUCCGCAUAACUUUGAUCCUAGACCGGAGGGAGUUAUUCCACCUGCACCUUUCUGUACAAAUACUAAUUCAAUUUUAAGUCUUAA